UUCAAUCGGCUUGGGUUUUCUUCCAAAAAAUAAUUCCCAGAUCAGGGCCGAGAAAAGGGAAGGAAGAAGAUGUCCCGUUCUCGGCCUUGCAAGAAGUUUUCUUCUCAACAAAUUCCACUGUUAUGUGCAGCAUUGCUCCUCAUCGGAACCACAACUCUGUUCUUCGUGUUCGUAUGCCCCCAUUUGGCCGAUGAAUACUCCAUUGCCAUCCCUGUCUACGAUGGAAUCCUUACUUUGAUAGUUUUAGCCAGUUUUGCCAAUGCUUCACUCAGAGACCCUGGCAUAAUUCCCAGAGAAGAAACAUCAACUUCUGAGCAAGAGGAUGACUUCAGAGCUCCUUUAUAUAAGAAUGUUGAUAUAAAUGGUAUUACCGUUCGCAUGAAAUGGUGUGACACUUGCAAGUUUUACAGACCACCACGAUGUUCCCAUUGUAGCAUUUGCAAUAAUUGUAUUGAGAAUUUUGAUCAUCAUUGUCCUUGGGUAGAUAACUGCAUUGGCAGGAGAAAUUAUAGAUAUUUCUUUUUCUUUGUGUUUUCUCUGUCUAUUCACAUUAUAUCUGUAUUUGUCUUCUCUUUGAUAUUUAUUCUUGAGAAAAAAGACAACUUAAGGGAAGCAGCAGUGGCAAUAGCUAUUAUGGUGGUGUGUGGACUGACGUCUAUUCCAGUGGUUGGAUUAACUGUGUUCCACAUUGGACUGGUUGCCAUGGGACGUACAACUAAUGAACAGGUAACAGGGAAGUUUCGUAGUGGCCACAAUCCUUUUGAUAAAGGCUGCAAGAAAAACUGCUUGGUGACACUUUGUUCUUCUCAGUAUGCAAAAUAUAUUGGUUAUAUGGAAAAUAUAGCCAAGGAAACUACCAAGAACAAAACAAGAAUAGAGAAGAAAAAAGAGAAAGAAAAAGAUGCAAACAAAUAUGUUGAUAUUGAGUUAGGUGAAGUUAAAGUUGAGGUGACGAGUAAUCACUCCAAUCAAAAGUCACAGGAUGACAGCAAAGAUGGCAGAGACAGAAAUAACCAUCAGACAAGACACCAAGAUGGUAGAUCUGUUCCUGUGAAUACAGCUCCUCCACGUGUUUCAGCAACUUAUGUCAAGUCUAGUGUAAAUGGAAGAACAAUAAGUGGCAGCCAUGAAGUCACAGUAUGAUGUUGUGUUUGUGUACUUUUGCUAUACAAGAUAGCAGCCUCUACUGCCACUGCAAUCCAAGGUGCUGAGCACAAACCUCGGAUUUCAGGGGAGCAGUUGAUGGAUGGAUUUGCAGCUUUUCACCAUGAUUAGUCAGCAUUCACCUGUAAAUUUAACAAUUAAAGCAUGACUUAAGAAGUAAGUUGUACAAACAAUGGGGAGAGAGGCAGAAAUAUUGAAUAUACAAGAUUGUUUGCACAUCAAUUUACCCCUUUUAAAGAUUGUAAGUGUGAGGACUGACUUUUUUAAGGAAGUCAAACUAUCAGAUUGAAGCAGGUUGCAAAUAUGAGAGUAUCUGUAUUUGGUAUUUGCCUGAAGUGCUGACUCAACACAUUACUUAAUAUAUAUCAUUCCAUGUCAAGUACAUGGAAGAUAUUCUGUAUAUUCAAUCUAACUUAGAAGGAAUGUAAUAAAAGUGUAAAGAAUCAGUAGUUGCUGCACAUGGUUUCCAGCACAAACACUUGGGGUAAACAUUGUUGCUGUUAAAACAGUUGACGAAAUUAGUAUAUUGUAAAUAAUUGGAAAAGUCUUGUUUAUUAGCUGAUGCUAAUAGUAUUAAUUAAAAGGAGUAGUUUGAGUUUUAAUUUUUGUCACUAGCCUAUUUUUGUGAAAUACUGUUAUAACUAACAACAACUGUAAUAAUAAUAGGUUAAAUAUUUUUAAUGCUUUCGUCAGUUACCUUGAAAAGAAAAUGGUGAAUUUUGCUCUGUUUAAUUAGUAAUUAUGGAGUUAGGUUUUUUAUAAAUAUUGCAGUUUUGAGGAGAGCAGCUAUGCUUCAAACACAAGAUAUAAUUUGUUCUUCAAUCUGUUAUCUGGGUUAAUUUGAACAAGUUUUUUUAGGUUGGGGAUUAUAACUGUAAUGAGUGCUAUUGUAAGAAAACAGGAUAUUUUUGUGCAGUGUGAUAAAUCACCAGAUAAAAAAUCACCAGAUAUUCAAUUAAGAGGUAAAUGUUGAUUAUUAGUUAAAGGGGAUCUUUAGGCUGGUUACAGUCUUUUGUACCAUAAUGUGGGAAGAAUCAUUCGUUAACAAGAAUGUAACCUAAUGUGGAAAUGCUUGCAAUUUCUGUUAGAUCUUUAUUUACACACACAGAUCUGUCAAUACUGUAUUCUUCUUUUACUGGGAAAGUAGCCCCCUGUAUGUAUCUCAACUUGCAUUUUAUUUUUAUUUUACUUCAGGAAUAAAGUAUUGUUCAGAUAUUUUUGACAA